CAGGACAGUAAAUCAAUGGAUAAAUAGGUUAAUUAAUUCGUAGUGAGGAUUGUGCGACAGGACAGAUAUUCUGUUAUCUGUUGCAAAUAUAAUAUCUAGUAGUCAGGAUACUAAAUAUAUCAUAGAUACCAUGUCUAUUUCACGCUUAAGUUCUUCGGGACCUAACCUAGUACUUGAUGUAUCCAAGUGGAAAAAUAAAUAGCUAACGCCUCGUUUUAUUAACAAAUAGUUUUUCCGCCUAAAAAUUCUCUUUAUGUAUGAUUUCAGUUAUAUGGACUUUGGUGUACUUAGUGGAAUAUAUAUUUCUUCGUUUCUUUUGCGCUGAGAAAACAUCUGUGAAGACAUUUCUUCAGAUGUAUCCUCAGAAUUUAGUAUGAACCCUAUUCGCAUCUGUUCAUGGAAUAUAAAUGGGUUGCGUUCUAUUCAGCAUUCGUUGAAAAGCAUUUUAGAUUCUCUCUCAUCUGAUGUAAUUUGUAUCCAGGAGACCAAGACCACGCCUGAUAUAAGUAGCGACUUUGCAUAUGCGGAUAACUACAAUGGUUAUUUCAGUCACAGUAUACACAAGACAGGAUACUCAGGUAUAUUCAAUGUUUUGCAAUAAAUACGACAGGAACUGCAAUUUUUUGUCGCAAUCCUCUUAAACCAACCAAAACAUACCAUAACUUAAAUGAUAUUCUCGUCGAAUCCACAUUUUGUAAAGACAAUUCUAUGGAUGGGUUGAAUUUCCUUAAGAAUAUGCUGAAUAUUUCUUAUGCAGAAGCUCGUAAUUUGGAUGCAGAAGGAAGAGUAUUGGGUCUUCAAUUUUCGAGUGAUAUGUUUACCACCUCUCGAACUGCAAAUGAAAUCCGACCGCUAGUUGUAUUGUCCAUAUAUUUUCCCAGAUUAGAUUCAGAAAAUGUUGAACGUUUGAAUUACAAACAUCUUUUCCAUUAUGCUGUACAACAUUGCAUUGAAUCACUUCUAACAGAAAAUAAUGUAGUUAUUGCUGGUGACUUUAAUAUUUGUCACAAAAUAAUCGAUCACUGCGCUCCAAAUGAACUUAUCAUUGAUAAGUCUUCGAAACCUUUUCGCGAAUGGUUUGAUCAGUUGUUGGUUGAAGAACAAAAAGAUGAGAGUCUUAAUACUCAAGACAGCGUUGGUUUAAGAAGAUUCGUAGAUAUUUUCAGGUUACUGCAUCCUCAUCGGAAAAAUGCUUUCACAUGUUGGUCAUCGCGUACAAGUGCUCGUCAAACAAAUUAUGGAGUCAGAUUAGAUUAUAUUUUAUUCGACUUGAAACUUGUGGAAAUGAUCACCACAUCAGACAAUAAUAUACAAGCAGACUUGAUGUUACACAUAGAUGGAUCUGAUCAUUGUCCAAUAUAUGCAGAUCUACCAUAUUUUUAUAAUUCAGAUUUGAUUUUUUCUAACUCAUUUCCACCCAAAUGUUCUCAUUACUGGCCUCAAUGUCGCAGAAAGCAAAUGGAUUUGGAGAGUUUCGUAAUUUCAAAUAGUCAUUCCGAAGUGACUAAACAAGCUUACACUUCAAACGCACCAGCUUCUAUAACCUGUGUAAAAAAUUCACGCACCAAAGAAAAACGUCCCGUCUUCAGACAAACGAAAAUCACUUUCAAGAAAUCCAUACCAAUAGCGACGUCUACAUGUACAUACGAUCAGUUGUCAAACAUAGAAAAUACGACUGAAACUAUCAAAGGGAAAAGUUACGAUCCAUCUAAAACAGCUCAGUCAGUUGAAGUACUGCGAAAUCUUUUGUCAGGACCGAAGAAACCUCCUGUAUGCCUUGGUCACAAAGAACCUUGUGUCAUGAGAACUGUGAAACAACUGAAAACAACUAAAGGUAAUCGGUUUGGGAGGAUAUUUUGGGUUUGUGCACGCCCGCAAGGAGCUCCAGACAAUCCAGCUGCCCGGUGUAACACAUUUUUUUGGGAUGAUCAAGUACCAAACAAUAAGUUACCCAAAUAG